CUUGCCUUUACGUCGAUCUUUUAAUUUAACAUCGCCCAACUGAACACUGUGCCGAGUCAGGACAUCUAAUAAAACAUGACAGUCGCUCUGAGAAUAAUCAGUUUUGUACUUAAUUGCAUUAUUCUUUGCCAGUGUUCAAAUGGUUUGCACUAUUCAAGCUUUUAUGCAGCUCAUGUUGUCGGUAGCUCCGUGGAAGCAGCUGAAUUGGCAACCAAGUAUGGGUACACUUACCAUGGACAGAUUGGGUCUUUGACAGACUACUACCUGUUCUCCCAUGGCGACAUCAAAAGACGAUCUAUUCUGCCAAGUAGCGGGGAGCACAUCAACAUCAAAAGCGAACCGAUGGUGAAAUGGUUCGAACAGCAAAUUCAUAUGUCCGUUUCUGUCUCUUAUACACAUCUAGAUGUGUAUAAGAGACAGACAUUGCUGCGUUCCAACAGAGAAGCGCAACUAAUCGGUGAUCCCGAUUACGAUACUUUGCACAUCCUUCUGCGUAAAGUCUACGUGUACCCACAUAGGUAUAUAAAACAUUGUGGACUUUGUAUAAGUCUAAACAGCAGCAGUGGAUCUGAUCACCGCGUAGUCGAAGCUUGGCAACAAGGCUACACGGGCAAAGGAAUUGUGGUUACAGUCAUCGAUGACGGUAUUGAACGGAACCACCCUGAUUUGAUCGCAAACUUUGAACCAUUGGCAAGCUAUGAUUUUAUUGAUUGGGAUAAUGAUCCACUUCCAAAAUACACAACUAGGAACUCCAACAAGUAA